AUGGAGAAUAUUAGAGUUAGGGCUUCCUGUUCAGAUGAUGUUAGAAAGGCCAUAACAGAAGAGCUUCUCAAAGGGAGGGACUUGAGCGAGCAGCUGCUUGAACUUGUUCUUCAUCAUGAUGAUGAUGAGUCCAAUAAUAUCGGAUCAUCAUCAGAUUCAAGCUCCUUAGUAUGGAUUCAUCCAUUUGCUCAGGAUCUUGUCAGCAGCGUACUCACUUCAUUCUCAAACACCCUCCAUCUCUUGAACUCCCUUGAUCCUAAAUCUGGCGAAGAUCUCAAGUGUUGCAAAACCAGCAACGGAAGAGGCUGUUAUCUGAGCAAGAACUACUACAGAUGUAGUCACAAGGAUGACCAGGGAUGUCCAGCAAUGAAACAAGUUCAGAGAGUACGAGAGUGGCCUCCCUUACACCGCACCACCUAUUUUAGAAUUCAUACUUGCAAAACCCAUCGUCAAUUACUUUCUGAGAAAAUCCAUUUGGAAUAUCCCUCUCCUGGCAAUCUUUCUGAAUCGUCCUUGUUAUUGAGUUUUAAUAAUAAUUUUCUCCCAGCAGAGAAAGAGCUGCAACAGGUUUGCAUUGAUGUGAAGCAAAACCCGGCGUCCCAACAAGGACAUGUCACUACUGUAUCAUCCUCAACCUCGGAUCAGUUUUCUCUUGUAAAGGUUCAACCUAUUCAUGUGGAUGAUGAUGUUUUCAAAUGUUCUGAAUUCGAUGAGUCUGUACAGAUUGGUCCAGGGUUUGGUUUUAUUAAAGAGACGAAGGCAACACAUCAAGGCUGCUUCGUCUUGCAUGAUUACUGUAAUUCCCAUUGUAAAUUAACAUUUACUACCUUUGGUUUGGAUGAAAAUAAGAGAGAUUUAGCUCAUUGUGUAACAUAUUAAUUUCAACAAUGUGCGUGUUGCAGGGAAAAAAACAAAGAGAAAACAGAACAUAUUAUUCCUGAUUUCAUUUGCAAAUCGA